AUGUUUAAAUUACCGACAAAAUUAUACGCAACGCUAAUCACAAUCGGUGUGAUUAUCGGCACAUUUGCGGUGAUGUUUGUCUCGUUUAAGAUCUUAAGCAACACUUAUGGCCAACACCUCAACGAUGACACUAUGGAUACGUUGGUCGAGGUGUUGGUAGCCGUGUGUAACCCCGACAACACUCUGUCCGCCGAUCAUAACAAGACUGUUGGUCAGUGUGAGGCUCUGGUGCCCGGAGUGUUUCGGCAAAUAUACAACAGUUGUGUCCGCGAAGCCAUGAAUAUCACGGAAAUCACUCAACCAUUUAUUUGCUACCGUUUUCUUAAGGGCAGCGAUCGGUUAACUGAAUGUAUGUUGAGAUGGGAAAGGAGAGGAUCAAUGAUUGGGCUGGAAGUGCCCCGCAUUAGGGAUAGGAUUUUAAAUAAAUACUCGGAAUGUAUGAAACCAGUAGUUCCCGUGGAUGAGGAGACAGAUGCAGAUUAUUAGAUAUUGUUAUGUUGUUUAUAAUAAAC